AUGGCGCGUAUCGAUACUCAGCCGCUUGAAGACUCUCUUUUCAAGGUCAUUGGCAAAUUUAUGCACUAUCACGCUGUAUCACGCGAGUUAGUGGACGCAGCCUCCGAGACUAUCCAUACCUUAUCGCUGGCGCUGAACAAUAUCAAACUAUCCACUCAAGAAGAAUUGCGACCUCCCUAUAUCAUCAACCAACUGAAAGACUCACUUGAUUGGAUAAAACGGCGCAUAUGCAUGGCGAAUUAUAUCCUCGCUUCGUUGAUUGCAUAG